AAUCAUAUUACUAUCUUCACAAAAACAACAAAAGGAAAAAAUACAAAUAAUCAUUUAUUUAUAGCCAUGGAAGAAUCUCCCUCCAAAACCACCGACGCCGCCGCCGUGGACUCCCUCCACCGCGCCACCGAAUUCCGGCCAUUCUCCCUCUCUCCCUCUCCCCACAUGCUUUCCUUCCACCUCGCCUGGCUCUCCCUCUUCUCCUGCUUCUUCUCCACCUUCUCCGUCCCUCCCCUCCUCCCCGCCAUCCGCCGCGACCUCCGCCUCUCCGACGCCGAUGUCGGCGCCGCCGGCGCCGGCGCCUUCGCCGGAGCCAUCCUCUCCCGCCUCGCCAUGGGCCCCGCCUGCGACCUCUUCGGCCCCCGCGCCGCCUCCGCCGCCGUCUCCCUCGCCACCGCCCCGGCCGUCCUCUCCCUCGCCUUCGUCUCCUCCCCGGCCGCCUUCGUCGCCGCCCGCUUCCUCAUCGGCCUCUCCCUCGCCAACUUCGUCGCCUGCCAGUUCUGGAUGGCCUCCAUGUUCGCCGGCGACGUCGUCGGCGUCGCCAACGCCGUCGCCGCCGGCUGGGCCAACGUCGGCUCCGGCCUCACCCAGCUCCUCAUGCCCCUGAUCUACUCGGCCCUCACCGUGCGUCUCCCCUCGUCCGCCGCCUGGCGCGCGGCGUUCGCUGUCCCGACCGUUUUCCAGGCCGGGACGGCGAUCCUGGUACUGGCCUUCGGCCAGGACCUUCCCAGCGGAAAAUACCGACGGAUCCGAAAACAUGAUCCGUCGGUAAAUUCCUUAGCGACAGUUUUACUGGGUGGGCUCGGGAAUUACCGAGGGUGGAUUUUAGGGCUGACGUAUGCAUUCUGCUUCGGGGUAGAAUUAACUACGGAUAAUAUUAUUGCGGAAUAUUUCUACAAGAGGUUUGGAGUGGAUAUGGCGGCGGCAGGGGCGAUAGCGGCGAGUUUUGGGCUGGCCAAUGUGGUGUCGCGGCCUGCGGGAGGGAUCGCGUCGGAUGCGAUGGGGCGGAGGUUCGGGAUGAGGGGGCGGUUGUGGAGCUUGUGGGUCGUGAUGACGGUGGCGGGGCUGCUUUGCUUCUGGCUAGGACACGUCGACACCUUGUGGGGUUCGAUUAUGGUGAUGUGUUGCUUCUCGUUUUUUGUGCAAGCGGCUUCAGGGCUUACCUUUGGAGUCGUGCCCUUUGUUUCCACCAGAUAUCUUGGAGUAAUUUCAGGCAUGACAGGCAGUGGUGGAACAAUUGGUGCAGUAUUUACACAAUAUUUGCUAUUUUCAGGCACAAAUAACAUGUCUACACAAAGUGGGAUAUCAAUUAUGGGCUUGAUGAUGAUUAUUUGUGCUCUUCCAAUAACUCUACUUUACUUCCCUAACUCUGGAGGAAUGCUCUGUGGGCCCUCCACACAAAUACAAUCUUAUGAUGAACAAAACGAUCAUCUAGAUCAAUACCAAAACUUGCUCCCAUCUACUACAUGAUUUAUUUGGUGGCACCAAAUUACUAUUGAAUUUGGCAUUCAAUGUUGUUGUUUGUUACAAUAGGAUCAUUUUGUUUGAUAGUUUUUAUAUUGUUACAGUUGUUCUAUGAGCUUUUGUAAAUCAUGGAAUAUAGAAUAAAGUGUGUAGUUAAUUUUGUUGAUAA